AUGACUGAUAUUAAUAAUAAAUAUUCCAAAUUAAAAGUGAAAAAAAAUAAAAACAAAAACAAAAAGAAGAAUAACAAAAAGAAGAAUAACAAAAAGAAUGAUAAAAAAAAUACUGUUCUUGUAAGUCCUAAUGAGAAACUCAAGAAAGAGAAAAGAAAAGAAAACCACAAGAAUAUAAAUCAAAAGGAUAUAUACAAUAGUAAUAAUAAUGAACAUAUAAAUGAACAAAAUAAUAAACAUAUACAUCUAAACAAUAAGAAAAAUAAAAAUAAAAAGAAAAAAAAUGUACAGUUAAUAAAUGAAAAAUGGAUAAAUAAAAAAAAAAAAAAAAAAAAAAAAAAUAAAAGUAAUAAUAUAUAUCAUAAUAAUAAUCUGAAUCAAGAUGAAGAUGAAAAAAAAAAAAAGAACGUAUUUCCUUAUGUGAGUGUAUUAGGACAAAAUGUUGUAAAUAAAAAUAUCCAUAUACAUCGAACAAAUGAUGAUCAUAAAUAUGAUUAUACCGAUUUACAAAAUAAUAAACAAAAAUAUAAAAAGAAAAAAAAAAUUGAAAAAAACCCAGAAGAUAUAGUUAAUUCUUCUUUAUUUAGAUAUAUCAAUGAAUAUAUGUAUACAAAUAAUAGUUCAGUUGUAGAAAAUAAAUUAAAUCAAACUAAAAAUAUUUUUAAUAUAUAUCAUCAAGGAUAUAAAAACCAAAAAAACAAAUGGCCACAUAAUCCUGUAUCAGUUAUAAUUAAACAUUUGAAAAAAAAUUUUAACAUGAAUAAUAAAAUUGCUGAUUUAGGAUGUGGAGAAGCAGAAAUAGCAAGAACAUUAGAUGGAUGGGAUAUAAUUUCAUUUGAUUUAAUUCAAUAUAAUGAUUAUAUUACUCCUUGUAAUAUAACUCAAUUGCCUUUAAAUAAUAAUUCAUAUGAUUGUUUUGUUUUAUCACUAUCUCUUAUGAAUACAGAUUGGCCAAAAAUUAUAUUCGAAUCAGUUCGUUGUCUCAAAAAAGGAGCAUCUUUAAUAAUAGCUGAAGUAGUCAGUCGAUUUACAAAUUAUAAAGCUUUCAUAAAAUUUAUGAACAACGUUGGAUUUAAACUAUCAAACAAGAUAAAUCUGGAUGACUUUUUUUACGUAUUUUUUUUUGAGAAGAAUCAAGACGUAGAUAUUUCAUCAAGCACAAACGAAAAAAGAAUUAAAAAGGUUUCUUCCUUAUUGACCCCUUGUAUAUAUAAAAGGAGAUAA